AUGGAAUCACGUGGAAUCGUCAUCCUCGUCCUGGCAAUCGUGCUCCGCGAUUUCACCUGCGCGGAGGCCGAGAGGAAAGUCAAUUUUCGAAACGUGGAGUUCACCGAAACCGACGUCGCCCCGGAAAAUGAAUUGACAAAACUAGCCAAGUACAACCGCGGAGAAGCAUUUAUCGGGGACCUGGUGAUCGGUAAUCGACGAGCGGACGAAACAGUUUUUUGGCGCACUGUGGAAAUUUCGAAUCCGACCGAUGAGGUUUACAGUACUGUUAUUACUGCGAGUGUAAACCAUGGAGUGAUACAUUAUUUAAGCGCGGUAAAUAACCAAGGAAGUUAUGCGGUAGCCUGCGACGAACCAUACACUCUUGGGACUUCCAAAAGCAGUUUCAAAGUUCGAGUAGUGCCCAACAGCAAGUCUACACUCUCACUAGUAAUUGCUGCCCAUUGA